AUGGUUGGACAUCACCAUUGGGUUGAAGAGUCGUUUAUUUUCCCCGAGAUUGAAAAGGUUGCGGGCCAGCCAGGGCUGAUGGACAACCCUCAUCACCAGCACGAACUAUUCCACGGUGGCAUGGAAAAGUUAUUAGCAUAUUCCCAAGCUACGAAGCCUGAGGACUAUCGAUGGAGCGGACCUAGCGGCAUGAAAGAGAUAAUCGAUUCAUUCAGUAAGGAGUUGACAGGACACCUUUACGACGAGAUCGACGUCUUCUUGGGACUGAAAACUAUAGAUAGUGCGGCUCUGAGGAAGACUUGGGACCAGAGCGAAGAAAUUGCUAAGCAGGCAGGGAAUAUUGGGAUGUUGUAUGAUGUGUUUCCAGUUGUGCUUGGAUGCGCCGAUAAGACCUAUGAAUGCGGACAUCCGUUCCCUCCUCUACCAUGGAUCAUGCCUUACCUUGUCAAGUAUUGGUUUGGUGCUGGUAACGGCGCCUGGAGGUUCAACCCUUGCGACUGGUGGGGUCGGCCGAGGCCGCUGGUAUUCGUCCGCCAGACAAAGUAG